UGUUAAUUAACUGUUAUUUUCAGUGUGUCUGAGAGCACCGUCGUCCCAACCGCCGGAAGUCUGCAUGAAGCUGCGUCUCCCACAGAGGCAACGGCGUCGACGUUUUUUUUUCUGUCUUCGUUUUUUUUUUUUUUUUUUUUUAUUCGAGACUUUUUUUCUCUUUUUUUAUUUUCUCUCAGCGAGAUGAGCAGGGAGUGAGGAAUGGAGGCGUAGGGAGCAAGGAUGUUUGUGUUUACUAAGCGGCCAGCUAGUUAAGCAUAUGAAUAUACAGGCCUCCUUGUAGCUAGAGCAAGCCAGCGAACAAAAGGAGAAAAUUAAUGGAGAAAUAAUGGACGAUUCCCAUUUCAACUCAUCAUACUUUUGGUCUCCCGUCCCCACUGUACAAGGACAGAUCGAGAACGCCAUGUUCCUGAACAAGGCAAAGGAGCAGCUAGGUCCAGAGAAGGCCAAUGCGCCCUCCUUCCCUCACUCCUCUGCGUCUUCCACCUCCUCCCCCCACUACCCCACGGCUGUGCUCGCCAUCCCCGGCUCAGUGGAUGGAGGGGCUGGGGUACGAGUGGUCCCCAAGCAGGAAGGAGGUGGGGGCACUACAGGAGGCGGCAGUGGCAGUGCAUCUUUAAGUGCAGUUGGGGGACAUCUACACCAGUCGCACACCUCCCAGAACGUCACCGUUGUGCCUGUUCCCUCCACGGGUAUCAUGACUGCAGCGGGAUUAGUGAUCACCACCCCUCAAGGCACACUGGUCCCCACUGCCUCCACACAGUCCUUUGUAGCUGGACCCCCCACUGCCACCACCAUGAUAGUGUCUGCAGUGCAUCCCUCAAAUACAGACAAGAAGGAUGACAUUGCUGUCCCUCCUGCAGUUGUAAUGCCGGCGCCAUCAAAGCGAGGCAGGAAGAGUAAGCAGGUGAUGGGCCGAGUGGCUGGAGUAGGCGGGGUUCUCCCUCCAGGAAGUGAUGCAUUAAUACUGGCGCACCUAGCAGCUGGUGGACAGCACCACACUGCUGAUCCAUAUGACCUGUCAAAUGAUGAGGAUGACCAUACUAGCAAGGAUGGCCCCAAAUCCUACAGGUGUCGGAUGUGUGCGGUGACGUUCUUCAGCAAGUCAGACAUGCAGAUCCAUGCCAAGUCCCACACUGAGGCCAAGCCCCAUAAGUGCCCCCACUGUUCCAAGUCGUUUGCCAACUCCAGCUACCUGUCCCAGCACAUCCGCAUCCACAGCGGGGCCAAACCCUACACCUGUACCUACUGCCAGAAAACAUUCAGGCAGCUCAGUCACCUACAGCAGCACACACGAAACCACACUGAGGCCAAGCCCCACAAGUGUCCCCACUGCUCCAAGUCGUUUGCCAACUCCAGCUACCUGUCCCAGCACAUCCGCAUCCACACUGGGGCCAAGCCCUACAGCUGCUCCUACUGCCAGAAAACAUUCAGGCAGCUCAGUCACCUACAGCAGCACACACGGAUUCACACCGGUGACCGACCGUACAAGUGCAACCAUCCUGGCUGUGAAAAAGCUUUCACUCAGUUGUCCAACUUACAGUCUCACCGUCGGCAGCACAACAAAGACAAGCCGUUCAAGUGCCACAACUGUAACCGUGGUUACACAGACGCUGCCAGCCUGGAGGUGCACCUGUCCACACACACUGUCAAACAUGCCAAGCUGUUCUCCUGUGGCCUCUGUAACCGAUCCUAUACCUCGGAGACGUAUCUAAUGAAACACAUGAGGAAGCACAACCCUGACCCGCUAACAGUGGCAGCAACAGUAGCUGCUCAGCAGGCUCAGGGCCUUACACCAGGCGGAGGGGGCAGGGGCCGAGGCCGUGGCCGAGGGAGAGGAGGUGCUGGUGGAGGAGGUGCGGGUAGAGCGGGCCAGCUCCAAAGCCAGAACAACCCAAAUAACACCAACCAGAACCCUAACCCGGGACCCCCAGGCAGCUACCAACCACCCCAGCAACCCACAGAAGCUGUGGUUCCAUGCCCGUUUGACCUACAUCAGUACAAGACAGUGGCAGCCAGUGAGAUCCAGUACAAACCAGUUUCUGUGGCGGACCUACCUGUGGUCCACAAAGACCUUUGCCUCACAGUCUCCACAUCAGCCAUACAGGUGGAGCACAUGAACUCAUAGGCUGCGUCUUCCCACUCUGUUCGAGGAAUUACUUAUUGUGUCUGCAGUGUAAAAAGGUCCACAUGAACAAGCAGUUUAACUCUAUUCAAUAUUACAGUCUUCUUAAAACAAGAAAAAAGGCUAAUACCCAAUAAACCAGAUGCAAAUCAUCUGGUUUAUUGAUACUUUACUGAAUUUGCAAAAAUGUAGCAAGACACCAGUGGGAUCAGUUUAGAUUCACUUUCCUGUGGCUUUGAGUGACAUUAUUUUGAAAGGAGUUGUUCAGAAAUACAGAUUUCAUUCACUCACUGCCAUUUUUUUCUUCAUUUUAAGAAGCUUUAAUACUGAGUGCAACGUUAAAUGACUUGUUUGAACAUAGAUAUUUUGCAGUGUGCUACUCGAUUCCUGAGCCCACUUGUUCCAAGUGUCUCUCAGUAGAAAUGCUGGUAUAGGACACUGAUAUAACUUGUUUACUCCUGAGUCCUUCAGUUUGUGAGGACUUAACCAAAACUUAAUCUAUAUUAUUAUGAAUGAGAGGUUGAUUAAAUGAAUCUUUACUCUUAUUUCACCUUUAAUCAACUGUGAGUCAGAGCACAGGUCAUCAACUUACUUGCUUCAUAAAACAUUUUUAAUACCUGAUCCUAAACCAGCAGAUCUGCUCUGAGAAUCUUGAUAAAAGAGGCCCCCUGAUGUCCUUCUCUUUUUUUAUUGCAUUGUUUGCAAGAGGCAUCAUCGGAGUAUCAAAGUGUAAAAUAUCUGUAACAUAAAAAAUCACACUAUUCUCUGCAUAUUUAUGGUCCAAAGAAUGGUGCGAUUUUUAAAAAAAAAAAUUCUGAUCACAUUAAACUGAACAUUCUCCACUAUUUAGUUCAAGCCAAAACAAGGGAGAGAGAGAAGACAAGGAAUCAAUCAUGAAAAACUGUUAAGAUUCAUAAUAGCAACUGAAACAGCAAGGCAGUGCUACUGAUCUGAAAACUGAGGACGGACUGAGUAAAUAAGUUUGACUGGAUUGGCACUGUAAAGGUGCUGUGGACAACUAGGAUCAGGAAAUCAAAAUUGGAGCCUGAGAAAAGACUGCAAGCAGCCGGAAGAAAAGGAUGUGGUGUUUUGUGGAAUCAGGCUAAAGCCUGGGCCUGAAACUCAGCGCUGAUUUCACAAAUCAUGAAGUCCCUAUUCACACCCACCUCCCCUCAGACGGCGAGGAGUCGAGGAUCCAUUUCUUCGUCGGAGCCCAAAGUUUUGAACAAAAAAGAUGGAACAGUUCAAGAAUGCACUAAAUGUGAGGAAUCUGCAGCAGAACAAGACGUAAACACGAGAGAGAGAAGGGGUCGGUGGGGUGGGAGGGGUCAUAAAGAAAGCACUUGAUGAAGCUUGUACUUCACGCCUAUGUUUGUCAUCGUUGUACUUUUUUUAAUAUAUCAUGUAUGUAUUUUUCUACCAACAGAGGAACGUGUGAACAAACUCAGAGAGAGAACAGAGUGAGUGCAUGAAUGUGAAGGGAACAGAAAGAAAAGUCCUAACAGAGCGUUUUAGUCCCACUUUUUUCUUAGUAUUCAAAGGAAGACAGUUUACUAUCCUCCAGUGAGUAAAGGCAGCCCAACUCGUCACUGUCAGGGUGGUUGUUGGGGAAAUAAUGAUUGUGUGAUAAAAAUGGCUGACAGGUACUGUUAUCAAUCUUUUUUUAAAGAACUUUUCAUACAUAUUAUUACUACUUUCAUUAUAACUGUAUUGCAAAUGUUAUUCACAUUAUUAUCAAACUGAGGCAUUAUUGUAUUUCAGUAUGCUGUACAUAAAAUAGAUAGAAAAGACUUUUUCAUCUGUAAAAGGGAAGUAUGUCCUGUGUAAAGCAUAUAUGGAAACUAAAGGAACUCAAAUUAACCAGUACCAAAUCAUUGGCUGUGUCCCAGGUCACCUUUAGUGUUGAUGGACCCUAACAGUCACGUUCAACUAAGUCUGCAAAGAAGGGUCAAUUCCAGGCCUGAAAAUUUAGGGAAUUUCCUAAAUAUUUGUUAAAUUAUUGAAAAAUAUUUUUUCAUUUUUCUGUAAUUGUAGUUAAUUUCCUGCACUUUCAACCACACCCACUCAUUGGUCUUGGUGAUACUCCAAAUUAUGAUUGUUCAGCUGAGUAUGUUUUAUUUUUUAGAAUCAUUUACAGGAAUUGUUAUUAGACAAGAAUAUUGUGACACUGUGCAAAAGUGAAUGACUGUGAUCUGAAAACCUUUAAAUCUUUACCAUUGUUAACCCAUGAGAAUUCCUCCAUGAGCACUUUUACAGAUGAUCUGAGCACAUCUUAACAAUGAAAUAAUAUUAAACAAGGCUAUGAUAUUGUUGACCUGGGACACUGCUGCCAUGUUUUUGUGCACAAGCUAUCUCUACCCAAUCAAAAUGUUCGAGCAGCCUAUACAUCAGGCUGAUUGUCUCCAUGUAUACUCCUCCUUGUAUUUCAUUGUGUCUUUUUAUGAAAAAUAACCCAUUCUCAAUAUUCUUGUUAAUGUUAUUACUGAUGCUCCUGAUAAUAAUACAGUUAUUAACUGCCCUCUUAUGCUACACUCUUGCAUACUGUAUGCACAGUUACACCUCUUGCUCAUCUGAACAGACUGUUUCUUCCCUUAAGGAGAAUAAAGUUCAAAAACAGUUUAUGAUGAAAAAAC